AUGCGCAUUCCAUUGUUCGCACGAACAUUUUUAUUGGCUCGUCCUGAUCUAAACGAUCUUCGUUCACCAAUCACUGGCAAUGGUACAGAAGGUCCAUUUACAAGAAGUGCUGGUUUUUUAUCCUAUUUUGAGGUAUGCCUGUUACAAUCCGAUAGUGAUUGGAAAAUACGUUCGGUAGUGCCUGGUGCAGAAUCUCAAUAUAUGUUCAAGGAUAAGGAAUGGAUAUCAUUUGAUACAAUUGAAAGUGUGCGGAAGCGAGCCGCAUAUGUCGUCGCAAAUUCUCUGGGUGGUAUGUUUGUAUGGAGUUUAGAUAUGGAUGAUUUCAACGGUAGUUUCUGUCACAAGGGACCAUAUCCAUACAUUAAAAACUCAUUAUCCUUAUUACCGUCGACAUUAGUAUCAUACGCAUAA